AAUGGGCCGUUUGGUCUUCCAUAAUUACAAUAUGGCUUCCUUGGGUCGACCUUGUUCAUGGGCUAAGUAUAUGUUUAGAAGACAACGAGCAUUACCAUUAAGCAAUAUAAGACAAAUUUUCUCAGGAAGUUGUAUAGAUGCUAGUGAUGGCUUGUCAGAUGAGCAGAAACAUAUUCAACAGAUGGCUAGAGAUUUUGCCAAGAACGAAAUGGCCCCUUACAUGAAAGACUGGGAUCAAGAGGAACAUUUCCCUCGUGAUGUAAUGAAGAAGGCGGGUGAGUUGGGAUUUGGAGCAGUGUAUUGUCAAGAAGCAUAUGGCGGUACUGGUUUAACAAGAUUAGAUGCAUCUGUUAUAUUUGAAGCAUUAUCAACAGGAUGUGUAAGUACUACUGCUUACAUUAGCAUUCACAAUAUGUGUGCAUGGAUGAUAGAUGAAUUUGGUAGUGAAAAAUUAAAAGAAACUUGGAUACCACAGUUAGCUUGUAUGGAUGUAUGUGCAUCAUAUUGUUUGACAGAACCAGGUGCUGGUAGUGAUGCAGCAUCAUUAAUUACUUCAGCUAAAAAAGAUGGAGAUAGUUAUAUCUUAAACGGAGAAAAGGUAUUUAUAAGUGGAGCCGGUGUAACAGAUGUAUAUUUAGUUAUGUGUAGAACUGGUACAGAAGGAGCUAAAGGUAUAUCAUGUAUUCUAGUAGAAAAAGAUACACCAGGAUUAUCAUUUGGUAAAAAAGAGAAAAAGGUAGGUUGGAAUUCUCAUCCUAUACGAGCUGUGAUAUUUGAAGAUUGUAAAGUACCUGUAGCUAAUAGAAUAGGUGGUGAAGGAGAUGGUUUUACCAUAGCUAUGAGAGGAUUAAAUGGAGGCAGAAUAAAUGUUGCUUCAUGUUCGUUGGGAGGUGCUCAUGCUAGUAUGGAACAUGUACGGGAUCAUUUUAAAGUACGGAAACAGUUCGGACAGACUUUAGAAAAUUAUCAGUAUCUGCAGUUUAAGUUUGCUGACAUGGCUGCUGGGUUAGUUGCAUCUCGUUUAAUGGUCAGAAAUGCAGCAGUAGCUCUACAGAAUAAAGCACCUAAUGCUGUUCCACUUUGUUCUAUGGCAAAAUUAUUUGCAACAGAUGAAUGUUUCAAAAUAUGUAACCAGGCAUUACAGAUGUUUGGUGGUUAUGGUUAUUUAAAAGAAUAUCCAGUACAACAGUAUUUCCGUGACAGUCGAGUACACUCUAUAUUAGAAGGAACAAAUGAAAUAAUGAGAUUACUUGUAUCAAGAGACUUAUUAAAAGAUAGAUAAAAUAUUAACAGUUGUCUUACUGGGAUGAGAUUAGAACUUUUUAUACCCGUGAUACAAGCAGUGCUGGGAAAAAGUCAAUUUAAAAAAAUAAUUGGUAUUUGGUUAUGUGUACAUAAAAAAAAUAGCAUAUGAAGAUUGUUAAUAUAUUAUGUACCCAGAUAUUUAUUAUGUUUAAGUUAACAUUUACAAAUUUGUGUUUUAAACAAAUAUGCUACAACUACUCUGAUUUUAGAGUACAUUCAGUUAUAGAUUUUUAGUAGCAGUAAAUACAUGUAAUUGGAUAUUGUUCACUUGACAGAUCUGAAUAAAACACAAUGCAUUCAACAAAUUUGACUGAUGUGGUAUCUAGUCAGUACGCGUAUGUUU